UUGAAAACCAAAGGAGUGUGUGUGUGUGUGUGAGGACAACAGAGAAGCAUUUCCCUGACUUCGUAGAGAGGGCUGAGAAGUGCAGAGGAGACAGACGGGCAGAGAGGCAGGCAGUGUUGGAGUAUCACAGGGCUGGUGGUGCUGGCAGAGCAUGAGAGUGGAGACUGGGGGGAAUCCACUGACUGGAGCUGCCGAUACUGGUGUCACUGGCAGAAGCUGCUUGAGCAAGAGGCAGAAAACCGACGCAGCAACCAGGAUCUCGCCGGGGGGGGCAGCAUUUUACAGCGACAGCGAAGCGUGGAGACAGCUGAAACCUGCACACACACCAUCACCCACACACACACACGCACUACAAUCCUGCUUUUUUUCUGAAAAACUGGAGAGCAGCUACAAACUGUGUCAUUUUCUUGUCCAGGGAUGGUGAACGUCGGUGAGGAAAACUUCUGGAGAGUUAAUUUUCUUGUAAGCAGGACUCACCACAGAGUUUUUAAAUUUGUUUUCCCUUCAGAGGUUUAAACCCUCUAUCUGAACACAUCUACAACAGUUGCAAGCAGUGUUUAGGACCAUUUAGAUGCCCCCCCCUCCUGAUCCUGAUCUAAUCUAAACAGUAAAGUGGAUUAUGACAGAAAUAUUUUUGGAUUCCCAAAUAUAUCUCUGACCGGUGGAGUUAUGCCUAUCAGUUAAGAGGAGGAUCUUUUUCCAUUUUUUUCCUGUCUCCUGUGGAUUACAGAUGGGCUUCUUGAUCUCCUGGUGCAGUCUCAUGGAUGACCGCUUGCUGCCAAUCAAUUGGAUAAAGUAUAAAAAAGGACACAAGUGAGUAUCCUGCCGGGUUUUUUAACUCUCCGGCUUAAGUCUGUUCAGAAACAAUUGUGCUUAGAGUGAAUCUGUUAUGUGAGCACAUAGCGGCAACUCCCCCCGCCCCCCUCUUUUGAUAAGAGAAAUGGUAACAACAUUGAUUAAACUGUUGUGUCCACGGCUUAUCAGGGUGAAAAAUGACAUGUGAUUUUUUUCACACACAUUAAUCUGCAUGUUUACAAGCCAAUAACCAUAAUUCACUAAAUGAGGGGUACUGUCCAAACGGCUGGUGGUUUGGGCACAAGUGGAGAUUGAUUGAAGUGACCUGUGUGAAUCCUAUUAAUGCAUCCUGGAUUCUGGCCAAGGCAGAAGCAGUGGAGGGGAACACCACUGUCUAGCAGCACUGCCUGAUCUGUCACUUCACUGGACAAACUGAGGACACUUUUGCACCCCCCCCGCCCCACACACAACUACAUUCCUCCUUCUCCUCCUCCUUUCCCUUGUCAGGCAAGAAUGGUACCCCCACCUCCCACCAACAAGCCGCAUGUGUGCCUGUCCACCAUCCUGAUCAUGAGCAGCAUGGCACUGAUUGAUGCCUACCUGGUGGAGCAGAACCACGGGCCACGCAAGAUUGGCAUCUGCAUCAUGGUGAUGGUGGGAGACAUCUGCUUCCUGAUCGUCUUGCGUUACGUAGCCGUGUGGGUGGGUGCCGAGGUGCGGACAGCAAAGCGAGGCUAUGCCAUGAUCCUCUGGUUCCUAUACAUCUUUGUGCUGGAGAUCAAGGUCUACUUUGUGUAUCAAAACUACAAGGCAGACAGGAAGAGCUUGGAUGCUCUUGCGAGGAAGGCUCUAACGUUGCUGUUGUCGAUCUGCAUUCCAGUGCUCUUUAUUGUGCUGGUCGCUAUCGAUCAUAUGGAGUACGUACGCGCCUUCAAGAAGCGCGAGGAGAUACGUAACCGUCUCUUCUGGGUGGUGGUAGACUUGCUGGACAUACUGGACAUCCAGGCUAACCUUUGGGAGCCUCAGAAAAAGGGACUCCCUCUGUGGGCGGAAGGCCUGAUGUUCUUCUACUGCUACAUUCUUCUGCUUGUGCUGCCCUGUGUGUCCUUGAGUGAGAUCAGCAUGCAGGGCAUCAACAUUGUGCCCCACAAGAUGCUCCUGUACCCCAUCCUCAGCCUGGUGACCAUCAACAUCAUCACACUGUUCAUCCGUGGCGGGAACAUGAUUCUGUACAGGGACGCGAGGGUCUCCGGGAUCCUGAUAGGAAAGAACAUCCUGGCCAUCAUCCUAAAGACCUGCAGCUUUGUGCAGUACAGGAGACAGUUGCAGAACGCUCCUCCCGCCUUUGGGGUCGAGCUGCAGAAAAACUCAGUGGCCCAUGCGCGCCCUUCCCCCACCCCACCUCAAGUGGUCAUCCAGGACCAGACGGCCCUUCCUGAGGUGACAACAUGUGAACACACAUGACAGAAGAGGUGAGCUGGACCAUAGAAAUGUCGAUGUGAAUAUAUACAUAAGCCCCAGGACGCUGGCAGAGCACAUCGCUCCACACCUUUAGGGCAUGUGAAUGCUCAUGUGGGCACACAAGAGAUCACUAUCUCUUCUGCUCAGUGGCACACGGAACACUGCAGACACUUAGGGAAAGCUGUAGCAGUGAUGUAUUCAAAGCUGUCAUGGUGCAAAAAUACAGUAUCCAUUGUGAGUUUGUCAAAGCAUUUCUCCCCCAGUGAAUUGAGCUAAUUGUGUAUUUUUCUAACUGUAAAAAGAAAAAAAGAAAAAGAAAACUACUGUAAAGAUUACAGGAUAUAUUUUUGAAUUGUGUGAUGUUCUCAUCUUAAACUUAAGGGUCCGUGUGCUGUGGUGUAUUUUUCUGUUGCUCGAAUGUUCUUAGUAGUAGAGGGCUUUAAUGUGACAAAUUCCGAGGGUGCAACUAACGAGAGAAUCAAAGUAAUGAAGAUGAAAACAACUGUUAAAGCUUUCUCUUGAAAGAUGAGUGUUUUAUACUGUAUGUGAUUCUUUGAUAACGUAUUGUGUACAAGAUAAAGGCUUUAUUGCUCUUUCA